AUGCUACACAGAUAUACAAAAAACUUACUAUUAUACAUUACGCUGGUAUCAUUACUUUCGUCUACCUACAUCUUUUUAAAUAUUAAGAGUGAAAUCAAGUUAAACCAAGUCAGCUCACAGUGCUCGCCAACCCUAUUGGUCGACUGCACUGGCUCACUUUCACUAUCAGACAGCUACUAUAGGAUGGCCAAAAACUUCUUUCAUCGAACAACUUUUAGAAAUAUUUCAACACAAUUUACUCUUGACUUUAAUUCAUCCCAAACUACAAACACAAAAACAAUUACAAACCCAUCAAAGAAUUCAAUCCCUCGCGUAUCACCCGGGAGGAUCAUUGAAAAACUCAGCCGAAAUGAGGCUAUUAAAAUAUCGAUGAUAAAUCGCCCUGCCUGGCUAAAAGACCUUCCGCCAACCAGCUACCCC